UCGCGAGAAUGUACGCGACCUUGUUCGUCAGUUCCAUGAUGGCUGAAGAUCCCGGAGGAGCUUUCUUUAAUUUCACCCUCAUUUUUAUCGUUUUUUCGUUACCUCUGCUGGAAAGAUGGCAGGGCACACAGCCUCGAUAAACGGCCAUAGACCCCCGCUGUCGUCAUGCCCAAGAAAGGGAACCGAAAACGGCUGAAAUUUAGAGCCGAGGAUGUUUGCUCGGAGUCAGUAACUGUGGCUGACUAUGCCAACGCCGAUCCCGCCAUCGUAAAGUCGGGAAGAGUUAAAAAGGCUGUUGUUAAUGCAAUUGAAAAAGAAGUGAAAUUACUCUGUGGGCUUGAGGCAUCCCAGGGUCCUGUGCAGGAAGUGCUCUCCUCUGCAGCUGGUGUGAGUAAUACAGCCCGUGAGAGCAGUGAUGAACUGGACUCAGAGGAAGGGGAUGAAAUCAAAGGGUCCCGCAAAAAGAAAAACAAAAGAUGCAAAGAAAACAGUGAGUGCAUAGAUGGAGAGGAGUAUCCCAUUGAUAUUUGGCUUCUGCUUGCUGCAUACAUUCGGCCAGAAGACGUCUGCAGAUUCUCCUUGAUCUGCAAGAAUGCUUGGACUGCCACGUGCACAGCUGCAUUUUGGACACGACUCUACAAAAGGCACUAUAAUCUUGAUGCAGACCUCCCCGAUCGCCUUCAACCUGAUUCUGUUGCAAAGAUGCGUUGUCUUCGUGCACGUGUUAUUCGCUCGCUUUUUCACUUAUAUGAGCCCUUUAGCUUGCGGGUGUCCAAAAGCCCUCCUCUCCCUGAAUCUACACCUACCACACUCCUCAAUUCCAAGUGUUUGUUGUGUUGGGUCAACAAAGUUUCUGGAAGUAGGUCAGAGCUGAUGUGGGAGUUCAACUUCAAGUUUGUGAAACUGCCAACCAAGGGCAAAAACGGAUGUGGUUUGAGUCUUCAGCUGCCCAAGCAGUAUAAAGAUGUUCACACUAAUCCAGACUCGGACUGUUAUCUGCUGCGGGUCACUACCCUCAAUUUCAUUUUCACUUCUGUUGUGAUGGGCAUGACGUUAACUUUGUUCACCAUUAAUGUGAGCACAGACAUGAGGCACCACCGAGUGCGCCUGGAUUUCCAGGAUUCACCAGUCAUUCGAGGGAAGAAGUUUAGGGGUGAACAAGGGGUGCAGGUGGUGCUGGACCCUGUCCACAGCGUGCGCCUCAUGGACUGGUGGCACCCUCAGUACCCCACAUCCUCAUAUAAUUAGACUGAACUCCAAUCUUCUCAGUUACAAAAACAUUGCAGAAGACAAUUGAGGCCUGUUUCAACCAACCCUAAAGUCCUGGCUUGGCAGUCUUUUUUUUUUUCUGCUGAAUUUUACUCGUUGCACUUAGUGUGCUGCUUUUUAUAGUGUGCUGAUCUGUAGUCCAAACUCAGGGUGUCAUGACAAUGUAUGUGGCAAUUGACUUUAAUAGUCUGGGUACUUGCCAUAUUAAAUUUGAUAAAAAUUCAAACAAAGUGGCUGCACGAUAGAAGUACACAAGUUAGAAGUCAAUUCAAUAUGUCAUGAUGCCAUUGUCCAACUAUUUUUUUUUUCCCCCUCUUUUCCUGAAUGAUCAAAUUCCUAAUUCACAACAAUGUGACCCUCUGAACAGACUCUGCUUGCCGCCCUCAGUUUUUAUAGCAAAAGUCUUUUCAAAUUAAGUAUGGCAUCUACCCCAGUACAUGGUAUAAUUUUUUGCCCCUUGAGUAUGAUUUAGAAAAAUCAGCAUUGAGUUAUAACACUUGCAUAGUAGGGUUUGCAUGACUCUAAUCUUGAAUCAUAUGUUAAUAGUCAGUUGUUGGUUUUAGUUUUUUUCUUCAAUAGCAUUCCCAAGAUUCACCUUAACUGUAGAUUUCUUAUUCUGCCUCUCUGCAAAUUUAUAAAUGGGUAAACUGGAUGACCAUUCAAUCUAUCAAAAAGAAAAAAAAAACAAACAAACAAAUUAUCUAUUAAGGCUGGUCAGCUCUAGAGAGGUGUAGUGUAACGCAUGUUGAAUACCUUUAGCUUGGUGUUAGGUUUAGGGACAAAAGCUAAGAUUUUAUGUAUUCGGUGCUUUCUGUGGAGGCCAUUCUGAGUUCAGCUUUGCUACUGUGCAUGUUUGCCUAGUUAAAUCGUGUCUAAUUGACGGCAUUGGCAAGGGCGUUUCUAGGUGUUGUAGAUAUUAAAGUGUCUUUGGUUAAGAGAAUGUUAUUGUUUGUGAUCAAGAGAAGUUAUUAAAUCUAUAGAUAAAAUCCAAAGUCAACAUUUAUUUCCUUAUUACAAUCAAAUCCAGAAGUUGUGCUUUUGUGAAGUAAAUUCUAUGUUUCUUUUCAUUUGAAGCUUGCGUUUUGUUUUAGAAUGGAAAACGAAGGCACUGAUGUUUCACUUUAUUAAAAAAUGCACACCAUAAUCAGUGUGUUUUUUUGUGGUUCUGUCCUGUAUGGGAAAGAAUAGGAUCAAUACUGACACCCUGUGGGCCAAUCUGAAGCAACAACUGAACCCAACCACUGAAAAUCUGCAAUUGCAAUAGAUUUUUUAUUAUUAUUAUUUUAAAUUCAGAUCAUGUAGAUUGUCUUUGGUUGUAAUGCCACUGAACUUAUUUAUUAA